AUGGAUCCAGGCCAGGGCAGUAGCCCAGGCGGAUGGCCCACGAGUUGGCCAAUCCCGAAAGCCGCUCACGCUCAGGCGCCAAAACUUCGCCACUGGUCCCCGCGCAUUCAAGAGCAGUUCGAGCCGCUCGAUGACAAGACCACCAAGAAGAUCGCGAAGGAGGUGAAGUCAGCCGAGAAGGGCCACUCGCCAGGCUUCGCCGGCGGCAUCUUCUCCUCGCCAGCCAAGGUGGUCACACGCCGCCGACCGUCGAUCGGAUCGAUGUUGUCGCUGCCAGUCUUUGGCACCAAGGACGUCAAGGAGAGUCCUGGACGUGGCACUGAGCUGCCAGAGAAAGAGAAGAAGACGUUUUGGAAGCGGCGUAGUGCGAGGGCUCCGUUGAAGGAUGUAGCUGCCUUCAGAGUCGAAAUCCAUGCGAAGAACUCCGCCGAUCACAAGGCGGCUGAAGGGGAGUGCAAGCAAAUGGUCCUCGAGGCCGGAGGCGAAGUUCUAGACGACUUCCUGUAUCCUGGAGGAUUCAUGUACGACAUGACGGGUGCUGCCGACUACAACCCACUCGACGACGGCGACGAGACCGUAGACGGCGGCCAUAUCCGCGUCUUCCCAUGCAUUCGCUACAACUGCCCGCAGUUCAACCCACUUGGUAUGCACCCAGUCAACGUGCCACCAUUGCCUCCAGUCUGGAAUCCUCAGGAGCGACCAAUUCAGAGCACUCCUACCAAGACGCGGGUCCGAUUCGAAGACGACAUAAUCGAAGAGGAAAUGGGCGGAGACGACAUGGUUGCGGACAGCGUCGAAAUCAAGCGCGAGCCUUCGUUCGUGAGCACGACGAAGUCGGAGUACAGUUUUGAACCCAACGAUGACAGGCCUUGGAUCGGCCCCACAGACCAGAAGAACUUUUCUCGGUUCGAUGUCUUCCAGCCGACGGCGUCCGCUUCGGAGGGCGAUAGCGCUUGGACGGAUACCGUCAACAGCAACAGCGUCUCCGAGUUCGACUUCUUCCCACAGAAUCGUUCGGCUUCCUCGUCAGUCUACAGCCGCAGCACGGGAGAGAACAGCCUCGGAUACUACAGUACUGAACCAAACGGCACUGGAGAGUACAGCAAUGCCCAGUUCAGUACUGGAGACCACAGCGCCGGAGAGUACAGCACCGAAGAGGAUCUGAGCGCGUCGAUGAGCGCCGUUGUCUUCCAGACGGCUCCACGUUCGUCCAGUCUUCCCAAGUUCAAAGCAAGCACUAUGGUCGACGCGAGCACCCAGACCUCGCCAGUCCAAAUCAUCGACGUGGAGGAGACCCCGAACCGAGCGAUCGAUGUUGAGGAGAUACCUAAGCCGAAGAUCGACGUCGAGCGGACUCCCAAGCCGAAGAGCGACGUCGUCGAGGACACCCCGAAGCCGAAGAGCAAGGGAUUCAAGAAGGUCAUCCAGAAGACGAAGAGAAAGGCUAAGAAGGCCCCAAGUGUGAAGAGCGAGAAGAGCGCGAAGAGCGCAGAGCAGCACAAGACGUACUACGCGAUGCCAAACUUCGGUUAA